GAGUUUCACAUCAUGUUGUCUUUUGGGAACACAUUAUGUUCUCAUUAUUGUCAAACUUCAAAGUGUCAUCCUCUCAUCAACCUCCAUUUUUUACUAAUCCUUCUAUUAAGCUAUUUCCUAGUAAUUCUAAUGUAAGUACUUUUGAUGAGCUCUACAAUGCCUCACCACAUGCUCCAACUAGUUUUAUAGAAGAUGAUCUGCUUGUUGGUAAUGCAUUAGAUAAUUUUGAGCCUUCGUCUACUUCCUCGUUUGUAUCACUUGUUCAUGUUGCGUCUGAUAUUGUUGAGUCUACAAAUGAGCUUGUUGUCCUAUCCUCGAGUCAUCCUACUCGGGUAAGAAACCCUUCCAGCUACCUUUAUGAUUAUCAUUGUUUUCCUGCUAUUACUUCUUUACAUGAGCCUCAAUCCUAUCAAGAGGCCUCUUCUAAUCCCCUUUGGCAACAAGUUAUGCAAGAUGAAUUACAGGCUCUUAAGAACACUUGUACAUGGGAUUUAGUUAAUCUCCCUAUUGAAAAGUCUCUGAUAGGCUAUAAAUGGGUGUACAAGAUCAAAACAAUAUUUGAUGGUUUUGUGGAGCGUUAUAAGGCAAGCUUGGUUGCCAAGGGUUUUACACAAGAGUAUGGAAUAGACUAUAAGGAAACAUUUGCUCCAGUUGCUUGUCUCACAUCUGUGUGCAGCUUACUUGCUAUCGCUGCUAUACUGAGAUGGAAAUUGUUUCAGAUGGAUGUGAAAAAUGCCUUUCUUAACGGUGACCUAGAAGAAGAAGUUUAUAUGAAACUACCUCCUAGGCUCAACCAUCUUCCAAACAAGGGUAUGGUUCUUUUACUUCUUUAUGUUGACGACAUAAUUAUUACUGGAGAUGAUGUCGUAGGUAUUGAGGAGCUAAAACAAUCUCUCAGCCAGAAAUUUGAGUUGAAAGAUCUUGGUGUUUUGAGCUAUUUCCUGGGGCUUGAAUUCACCUCUUCAAAUGAUGGUUGCUUGCUUUCUCAAGUAAAAUAUGCCUCCGAUCUUGUUUCUAAAACUGAACUCAAUGAUGGUAAGAUUGUUUCUACACCUCUUGAACCUAAUGUCAAGCUUACACCUGUGGAUGGCUCUCCACUUUCUGAUCUUACUUGUUAUCAGCAAUUGGUUGGUAGUCUGGUUUAUCUUACCAUGACAUGCCCUGAUAUAGCAUAUGCAGUUCACAUUGUUAGUCAGUUUAUGGCUGCUCCUCGCUCCACUCAUUAUGUAGCAGUAUUUCGCAUUAUUCGCUAUGUUUAGGGAACAUUAUUUCAUGGACUCCAUUUUUCUGCUAACUCCUCUCCUGUGCUUCGUGCUUACUCUGAUGCUGAUUGGGCUAGUGACCCUUCCGAUCGUCAAUCUACCACUGGCUAUUGUCUUUUCCUUGGUAAUUCUCUUAUCUCUUGACGGAGUAAGAAACAAACUAUUCCAUC